UUGCGUCGACGUCAAGCGGAGUCAGGCCUUUGUGUCAGGGCAGGCGGCCAGUGUAACUUGGCUGGAGUAUCUUUUGUGCGAGAAAAAUUGUUUUUUGAGAUAGAUUGAGCCGAGUUUCUACGCGAGAGCCACGAAACCUACGUAUCGAGACGGAGUAAUAUGAGUAAUGCAGCCAACCAGAAUGGAUCAGGUCUAGAGCAGCAGUUUGCUGGUCUGGACUUGCAGAACUCCCGCCAGCCAAGUGGGGGUCGCUACGUACCACCUCAUCUCCGCAAUAAGUCCGGAGGUCCUGCGCCAUUAGGCGGUGAUACAAAUUCACCACCCAGCAACUCGAGGCAACCUAGCGAUAGAGACAGGGGAGGUGACAGAGAUCGGGAACGUGGUAGAGGAGGUGGCGGAGGCCGUGACGGCGGCUCUGGCUACAGAGAUUCCCGUGGGGGUGGACGUGACAUUGAUUUUGGUAACUUUGGAGGUCGAAAUCGUCGUGGUGGCAAUCAAGAGAACGGGGGAGGGCGUGAUCAGCGCUACCCGACCAACGACAACCGAGAUGGUGGUCCAGGUGGCGGCAACGACCGUUGGCAGGAACAGCAACCUCGAAAUGACCGCUGGCAAGAGUCCAGAAAUGAUAACAGAUCGAGUGGCAAUGGAGGUGGAAGAUGGAAAGAUAGCGAGGGUGGCGGCGGACGCGAGGGUGGCAGGGAUGGCGGAAGAGGACGAAAUGAAGUUGACUGGACAAUCCCAACAACGAGGGAUGAGAAGUUGGAGGUGGAAUUGUUUGGAACAGGAAAUACUGGAAUCAAUUUCAGCAAGUAUGAGGAUAUUCCCGUUGAGGCCACCGGCGAUAACAUACCUCCACACAUCACAUGCUUCGAUGAAGUACAGCUGACGGAGAUUGUAAAGAACAGCAUCACUCUUGCUGGUUACGAUAAGCCAACGCCGGUCCAAAAGUAUGCGAUUCCGAUCAUCAUCGGGCGUCGCGACGUCAUGGCCUGCGCGCAGACCGGAUCUGGUAAAACUGCGGCAUUUUUAGUGCCGAUAUUAAAUCAGAUCUACGAAUGCGGUCCCCGACCUCCCCCACCUAACGCUGUCGGCGCCAACUUUGGAAGGCGCAAACAAUACCCUCUGGGUCUAGUCUUGGCUCCCACCAGAGAACUGGCUACCCAGAUAUACGAUGAAGCGCGCAAGUUUGCUUACAGAUCAAGAAUGCGUCCUGCUGUUGUUUAUGGCGGUGCCAAUGUUAGCGAUCAGUUACGCGAACUUGAUCGCGGCUGCCACCUUCUUGUCGCCACACCUGGUCGUCUCGUCGACAUGCUUAAUCGCGGGAAAAUUGGUCUACACAAUUGCCGGUACCUAGUGCUAGACGAGGCGGAUCGAAUGCUUGACAUGGGUUUCGAGCCGCAAAUUCGUCGCAUAGUAGAACAAGAUACAAUGCCUCCAACCGGGGAACGACAGACCCUUAUGUUCUCUGCCACUUUUCCCAAAGAGAUUCAGAUGCUAGCUCGUGACUUUCUGAACAAUUAUAUUUUCUUGGCAGUCGGCAGGGUUGGUUCUACGUCUGAAAACAUCACCCAAAAGAUAGUUUGGGUUGAUGAAGGUGAAAAACGAUCUUAUCUUCUUGAUCUACUCCAAGCCAACAACCUCACUCAGCCUAGUGCGGAAUCACUCACACUAGUAUUCGUAGAAACAAAAAAAGGAGCUGACACGCUAGAGGAAUACUUGCACCAAGCAGGCUAUCCCGUGACUAGUAUCCACGGUGAUAGAACUCAGCGUGAGCGUGAAGAUGCGUUGCGCCGUUUCCGCGCUGGAUCAGCACCUAUUCUCGUCGCGACAGCUGUCGCGGCACGAGGUCUUGAUAUUCCGCAUGUUAAACAUGUAAUCAAUUUUGACUUGCCCGGCGAUGUUGAAGAGUAUGUCCAUCGUAUUGGUCGUACCGGACGUAUGGGAAAUCUAGGUGUAGCCACUUCAUUCUUCAAUAGUAAAAACCAUAAUUUAGUAAGAGAGCUUGUUCAGCUUCUGAUAGAGGCCAACCAGGAUUUACCCCCGUGGUUAGAGAAUAUGUCCAUGGAAGUACGAAACUCUGGAGGUGGUGGUGGUGCACGAAGACCAGGUGGCACUAAGAGCAGCGGUGGUCGUUUUGCCAGUGCUUUUGGGGCAAGAGAUUAUCGUCAACAGCCUGGUGCUGGAUCUGCACGAAACAACGGAGCCGGAAGACCUGGAAGUUAUGGCGGUGGAUACGGAGGAUACGGAGGCAGCUACAACAACUCAUCGUACAAUACCUCAUCCAACAACGGUGGCGGUGGCACAGACUGGUGGACCGGCAAGUAGAUGGAGGACGAUUAUCCACUACAAUUUAAUAAUACAAAUAUAACACUAAAAUUGGGUUACGUGUAACGAACACACACAAUCACUCGCUUGCUCCCCCGUGCACUCCACUCCGAACCCUAAUCUCAAUACAUGGACACAGACAUUUACACAUACACUUAUACAAUACACGCGAUGAAACACCGCUAAAUUACGAGAUGUAUGUUUAAAAAAAGAAA